CAGGCUUUUCGAUCCAACAACCCUCUGCUAUGCUGCCUUUGGAACUUAUGGCAAGAGUUUUAUUCGCACACUCGUAGAACUACUCCCGGGAAAGAUCGAUAGUCCGAGACGACAACUUGGAACUACGAGAAUCCAUAAAGAAAUCAGGAUUGCACAAACUCGAAGCUCCGAGUUCGUAGUCAAAAAGCCCUUACGAAACUCUGGAUAUACCAAGUAGGACCGGCAGGAACCAUGCAAAAGCACCGCCGCCCAAACCGCCAAUCCCGCCGUGGAAACCAUCAGCCUUCCAAUACUCCUAACCACAAAACUUCUCCUGCGUCGACAUCAACUUCUACACCAUCCUCUUCAAACCCCUCGCAGAUAUUGACUCCCCGUCCUCCAAGACCCCGGCCAGACUACCACCCCGUGCCCGCCCACGCCGCCGUAACCCUCGGUGCCGCCGUCUCCAUUGUCCUCAAGCAGGAUCAGCCGACCGGCAAAGAAGUCCAGGGCAUUGUAGCCGAAGUACUGACAAGAGGCGAUCAUCCACGGGGUGUCAAAGUACGAUUAAGAGAUGGGAGGGUGGGACGGGUGCAGAGGCUUGUGGGUGAGGAGGAGGGUGUCAAGGGGGAGGAGAUGGUUGGUGGUGCGGAGUCGGGACUGGGCCGUAAUGGAGAGUCAUCCUUCGCUUACUCUAGAGGUGGAAUGAGAGGUGGGCAAAGAGGUGGGUUUAGGCAUGUAAGAGAUAUUAGGGAGGACGAUGAGUAUUUGUACGACGAGAGCAGUGGACCAAGAGAUAUGGCGGGAUACUUCAAAGAGCUGGAAGAAGCGGAUGCACGACUUGCUGAGAGUAGCGGAUGGGGAGAGGAUGCGGGAAAGAGAGUAGAGUUGAAGAGCGACAUAGCGAUAUGUCCGGUUUGUGAGGGGUUUGAAGGGGACGAGAGGGCCGUGGCGCAUCACGUUGAGUCGCAUUUCGGGGAGGCAUGAUGUGUACACAGAUAAGUGUAGGGACGAACUGUGUCCAGACUGGUCGACAUUCAUGGAAGUACAGUACGAGUCGUAAAUGUACACCAGACGCUGUAGCUUCCACCCUAGUCCUGGAUCUGACAACCAUCGCUAUGGCAAAGAAGCCUUACGAUCUGUUCCUUUUGCCGCCGAAGCACGCCCGUCCAGAGUAUCGCCCCGCCGAAGCUGCAACAUAGAAAGUCACCACCAAGAUAGAAACACCCCGAAAUCUCCCUGCCAUAUUCCCUCGUAGAUG